GGCAAAAGUCAAAAGGAUUCAAAUGCAGUAGAGAGACAGUUGUCAUGGAGACAGCAAUACUCUCCUUGCUGUCCUACAUCUUCCGGGGGGCCCCUCAAUCUUGUAAUAGGUUUCCCCUCCUCUCAUCUGUUUGCCACUAGUCCAACCUCUACAUAGAAAGUGAUCUUUACUUUCCAGUUGACUAACAUUCCUGAUGAUCCUCUACUGUUGAGUAAACGCUGAAAGUCCACAAUAGUCUUUUAUGGACUGGUGCUAUAUUUUAUCUUCAGCUUGUGGUUGCUAUUCUUCAAUUUACUCCAGCUUCACUUUAUGAGUUUUCAUAGCUUUGCACUGCCUCUUCUGUUUUGGAAUUCUCUUCCUUUCUUCAAUGCAUAUCUAACCUCUACUCAUCUUUCAAUAUUCAGCUCACCAACUUCUCAGAUAUGAAAGCCGUUGUUAUGUAAUUUAUUCACUUAAUGUAUGGCAUCUUUUCCUUUAUAUCAUUUCAGAUCACUCUACCUAAAAUAUUCCCUCCUGGUGGUGACAUCAUGGCUAACACACACAAUGUGACAGAAUUUAUUUUUCUGGGACUUUAUCCUGAUCCAAAGGUGCAGAAAGUCUGCUUUGUGAUAUUUCUGCUCUUGUACACAGCCAUUGUGCUGGGGAAUUUCAUCAUUGUGCUCACCGUCAUGACCAGCAGAAGCCUCAGCUCCCCCAUGUACUUCUUCCUCAGCUCCCUGUCCUUUGUGGAGAUUUGCUACUCCUCUACCACAGCCCCCAAACUCAUCUCAGAUUUUCUGGCUGAAAGGAAAGCUAUAUCUCUGUGGGGCUGCAUGUCACAGGUUUUCUUUACCCAUUUCUUUGGUGGAGUUGAGAUGUUCUUGCUCACUGUGAUGGCCUAUGACCGCUACGUGGCCAUCUGUAAGCCCCUCCACUAUGCCACCAUCAUGAACGGGCAGGUGUGUGCCUUCCUGGUGGGAGUAGCAGGGGCAGGGGGCUUUGUGCAUUCCUCGGCCCAAAUCCUCCUCAUUUUCCGCCUGUCCUUCUGUGGCCCUAAUGUGAUUGAUCACUACUUCUGUGAUGUGCUUCCCCUGCUCAAACUUGCCUGCUCUGACACUUUCCUGAUUGGUCUGCUGAUGGUUGCCAAUGGGGGGACCCUGUCUGUGGUCAGCUUCCUGGUCCUUUUGGUCUCAUACGCGGUCAUCUUGCUCCAUCUGAGGACUCAAAGCUCUGAGGGGCGGCGCAAGGCCCUCUCCACCUGUGGGUCCCACAUCGCCGUGGUUACCCUGUUCUUUGGGCCCUGCCUCUUCAUCUAUCUGAGGCCUUCCACCAUCCUGCCUGUGGACAAGGUGGUAGCUGUGUUCUACACAGGGAUCACCCCACUCCUGAACCCUGUCAUCUACUCCUUGAGAAAUGCUGAGAUGAAGAAAGCUGUGAAGAGGCUGUGGAUCAGGACAGUGAAACUAGAGGAGAAGUAGAGUCUGAGUCUUGGUGUUGAUCCUGGGGUUUAGAAUGAUGUUGAGUCCAAACUGAGGAGACAGAGUGGGACGAAAGACAGAUGCCAGGACUUGUUAGUUCUAGAAUUAUUCUAAUAGCUUCCCAACUUUUAACAACUUUAUUGUGAUCA